AAAGUGCUGUUGUAUCUUCGUGUCGGAAUACACACUGUAAGCAUUUUAAUUCUCUUCUCCUAGCUUCAAUUGAUUAGACUGCGACCAACUUUUGAAACAAGUAGACACGCCGGUCAAACGGGGCUCUCUCUCCAAAAAAAAAAAACAAGAAAAUACAUCUCUUCGUAACACACAAGUGAACAACAACAAUGCGUUCAGUGAUUGUGUUCUUGUUCAUCACGUUUAUCCACAUCGAAAUUACAGUUCUAGGGCAAGACGUGUCCGAAAGGAAUGCCGUCGAUUCGGAUGCAACCAGGAAAACGGUGGACGUCUCGAAGCACAUCCCUCGACAUCCGCAAAGCCAUUUGCUCCAUCUCACCAAUAGACUUAGCAAGUUGAACAGAAGGAUGCAGAUCGAUAAGUUCAAAUCGCCGGAUGCUAAAGAGAAGACGAUCAAGAAGAUCCGCAGGAUCGAAGGGAAGAUGUUGCGAAUUCGAAAGCUCAUCGCAAAGCGAUCAUCGCCCAACAAAGACGACUCGAAGAAAAUCCGAUUAAAAUCCAAGAAGGAAAGGAAGCGGCCCGUGAAGAAAAGCAAGAAAUCCGAUAAAGAAAAUGUCAUUUCCAACGAAAUCGCAAUCUUCAAGAUAAAAGAAGCCGAUGUUCCAAUCUUUACCGCGCCGGACAAACGCUGCAGAAAUUGCCGUCAAAGGUGCAUCGAUGGUAAAUGCGCAUGCUUCGAUGGUUUCCGUUUAUCAACUGAUGGUAAAAGAUGCUAUGAUAUUGACGAAUGUAUGGUCAAUAAUGGUGGUUGCAGUGAUAUAUGCGAGAAUAAGAUGGGUCGGUACGUUUGCCAAUGCAAUCCAGGAUACAAACUUGCAGCAGAUGCAAAGACUUGCAUUGAUUCCAAUGAAUGUUUGCUGAACAAUGGCCAUGGACCUUGCGAGGAUACCUGCACGAAUAUUCACGGUUCUUUCCGUUGCAGUUGUAGACGACCGAACACUGUUCUCUCCAGCAACGGAAUCAAUUGCGAUGUGAUUGAUCAGUGCAUGAAUGGUCGUUCUGGUUGCUCCCAUUUAUGCAUUCAUUCCAGACGAGGACCAUACUGCUCAUGCCCAGAUGGUUUAAUUUUAGGUCACGAUCGAAAGACUUGCCAUGACUUCGACGAGUGCUCGAACGAGAAGGUACUUCGGAUAUGUCCACUGUGCUUGAAUGCGUAUGGAUCUUACGUUUGCUUGCAAAAGGGCAUCAGCAAUGUAACGUGUCCGGCGUUGGAAACCCCGCAGAAAGGAUUCUUCGAUUGCUCCCGCGAACGAGGCAUGAAAAGCUCCAUUAAAUGGAUAUCCGAUCGAGUGUUGAGAUUGAAUCAGCCCGGAACGGUCUGUCGCCUCGAGUGCCCAGAGACCAAAGAAAGAAAACAAAUAGUUUGCAACGGUUCAGGGAACUGGGUACCAAAAAGGAUCACUUGCUGAUAUUUAUUGAAU